AUGACAAGCAACAAUGAGGAGCCUGGUAGUGACUUUUUCUAUAAUGGGCCUGGGUAUGAGCAUAUGCAUGAGCAUGAGUCUGAGUCUGAGUCUGAGCAUGAGCCUGAGCCUGAGUCGCCAAAUCUUCAGACGACCAUUAUUCAGGUACACAGGGUGGAUCAAAUGAUGCAGAUUCGAAUGGCUCACAUAGACCAUUUAUCACGCGAAAGGGGUACAAGUUUGGGACACAAAAAAUCCAUUAGGAAUCAUAUAACAAAGCCCUAUUCAAAAAAAUAUGGUGAUGAUCCUACUCAACAUAAUGUGAAUGAUCUUGAAUUAUGGACCCAAAGACGGUUGGUUAGGAAAGGAGGGAAACAAAAGAGUCCUAUCUAUGCGGCAGGAUCCUCAAAUCUUCAUUUUCUGAUGACGGGUGCAUAUUCUUUCUGGUCAACUUCAUUUGUUGAUGCCUUUGCAAAGUCACAACAAGAGGUGAUGGUGAGGCCGACGGUGAUGAUUCACUCUGAAUCGGUGUCGAUUUUCGCUCUUGCCUUCAUAUUCAGUUUCUUGAUUUUGUGUUUUCCCCGAAGGCCAUCCGUUCCUUCAUUGCUAUUCAAUUAUCCACCGCUUUCCCUCGAUCGAUUUCCCUCAAACCUAUCCGACUACCAGAAAACACUCGCUUCUUGCACCGGUAAUCGUCGUUCUUGUCUUCAAGAUCGGAGCUCUACCGCCUUGGUCCAGUUACCACCAUGCUAUAGCUUCAAUUUCGUAUCUGUCCAUUAUUUUCGAUUGAGAGGCAAACAAUUUCAACAAUUCAGGGUUUUAAUCGUGGCUGUAUAUCCCCUUCUCCCCUGCACCCUACACAUCUGUUGGCUUCAUAAGAACCUGAGUCUUGCAUUUGUUACUGCCAUCCAUGAUAUUUGUGCUUCAUUAGCAGGCAUUGCUGACGUGGAUGCUUUUUCUGUUUUGAAAAGGAUGCCGAAAAUGCCCUUUUCUGGGAACCUCCUCUUCACAUAUUGUCUGAAUCAAGAAUUAGUGCAGUAG